AAUAUUUCUUCAUAACUUCGCAUGGCAGAUUGUUUUCGCUUACAUUUUUUAAGUUCUUCUGUACUUACUAUCCUCCGACAGAAGAUAAGAAAAAAGUUAUAUUUAAUAGGUUAUGUAUAGAUAAUUCUUUAAUCAGAUUUGAUAAUAUUAAACACAUAUUAUAAUUCAAAAUUUCGUUUUAUUUAUAUAAAUCUAGUUGUCGUUUCGGAUAUGUUUUGAAAAAAACUAUUUAAUAGCAUUUAACUUUUCUUUAUUUCCAGAAAAAUAUAUUUUGGAUUUUAAUAUAAAUUAUUUUCAGUGAACUUCAUAUUAUUGUCAUCAGCAUUUUUGAAGGAAAAAAAAGACUGAAAAGAUAAACGAUGAAAAUUCCCACAGCUAUCCUCUUGAAAUGUCCUCGAGGAGAAGCCUUGUCCAGCGUUCUCGCAUGCUCCCGAGGACGGGAAGCGAUUCGAGACCAAUCCAGUUUCUUUGCUGACUCAGUUUCACCAGAAGCACUGAGCAGGGCUCGGCCUUUGACAGAGAUGCCAGGACCGAAAGAGUUGCCUUUCCUCGGAAACAUACAUCGAUAUCUGCCGAUCACUGGUGAAUUCUCCAUGAAAACAUGGCACGAGGCUCAAGCAUCGAAAUUCAAAAAGUAUGGUUCAAUUGUAAGAGAACAAAUAGUGCCUGGAGUUACUAUGGUACAUUUGUAUGAUCCAAAAGAUAUGGAAGCUGUUAGCAGAAAUGAAGGUAUACAUCCCAAGAGGGAGUUUUUUGUUGCCAUGAGAAAAAUACGGGAAGAUAAUAAAGAAGCUUAUUCUUCUGUUGGAGUUGCAGCUGCGAAUGGAGAAGAUUGGCAUUACAUGCGAACCCGUACACAAAGAGUUAUGAUGAGACCACAAAUAAUGAAAAUGUAUCUUCCACAAAUUAAUAUCAUAGCUGAUGAUCUCAUCAGUAGGAUACGCAAACUUCGUCAAGCUGACCAUCAAGUUCCUAUGUUGAUAAACGAAUUUUUCAAAUGGGCAUUGGAAUCUGUGACUUACAUAUUGUUCACUGAGCGCUUAGGCUGCCUUGAUGACAAUGUAACAGAAGAUUCAAUAACUCAAAAAUAUAUUCAGUCUGUCAAUGAUUUCUUUCAGUUGUCAGCCAAAGUGGAACUUUCAACAUUUCCUAUUUGGCGAGCUUACCCCUCUCUCUCACCCUCUUACAAAAAGUUGAAACAGGUUCAUGACUUUUUCUUCAACAAUGCUUUGAAUUACGUAAAUAAAAGAAUGUCAUCCAUUGAUUCUAAGAAUAGACAAGAAGAUGAUCAGAUGUCGCUCAUCGAGAUGCUUCUUGAAACUUGUACGCCGAAAGACGCUAGCGUUAUGGCGGUUGAUGCUAUGGCUGCUGGUAUUGACACGACCUCGUUGACUCUAUCAUAUGUUCUGUGGAAUUUGGCAGCCAAUCCAUCGGUUCAAAAGAAACUACAGGAGGAAAUCGAUCGUGUUUUGCCAAUUGGUGAACCCUUAACUGUAGAAGCUUUGAAUCAAAUGCCUUACAUAAGGGCGUGUAUUAAAGAAAGCAUGAGGAUGCACCCCACUGUCCAGGGAACUUCUAGAACUUUAGAGAAGGAUAUUGUAUUGUCUGGUUACCGAGUACCAGCUAAUACACAAUUCACUCUAAACUAUAACGUGUCUUGCAAACAAGAAAGAUAUUUCGAAGAUGCUUCUACAUAUAGACCCGAAAGAUGGUUAAGAAAUGAGAUGGGCAAGAAAAUUACACCAGACUCAUUCGCUUUCCAACCUUUUGGAUUUGGACCAAGAAUGUGCAUUGGCAGAAGAAUUGCUGACCUGGAAAUGUUGACACUCCUCACUAAGAUAAUGCAAAACUUUUGGAUUGAAAAUAAAAGCUCAGAGCUGGAUGUCAGAUUUCAGCUUGUUCUAAUGAUUGCAAGUCCUCUUCGAUACGAAUUUCAUGAGCGUCGCUAACAUUGAAAAAUACUUGGAAAGCUCUAAUAUGAAUAAAGGAGCUAACAUUGAAGAACCAUUACUUGGACCAAUUUUUUAUGUCCCUGGCAAUAUUUUCUAACCAUGACUUGAUAACAUUCACAAUUUGUAUAAAUGUGCAUUCAGGAUAAAUGAAUAUUUUAUACUUACUGACAUUAUUCGAAAUUAAGUAAAUUUUAUUUUUAAUAUUUCGAAUAAUUAAGAAUAAUAUUUGUAUAUUUCAUACCGUAUAAAAUCUAAAUUUGGUGAAUGUUGAUAUUUUUUUAUUAUUAUCUCACCAUAAGCUGCGAUUCGAGAAUUUGUACAUCGCAAUAUGGAUAUGAUUCUGAAAUAUUUUCUUACAAAAAUUCAUCUUCGUAGAAAUAAAACUAUUUACAUAUUUACUACAGAAACAGAUUCAAAACUUAACAAUUUAUCAAUUUAAUGCCACUAUUUUGUUUAAGGUUUGAAAAACGAUUGCAUUGUUUGUACUAUAUGAAGGUACCGGAGUUGAACUUGAAAGAUAAUUUCUUAAUGUAUUUGAUGUUUCAUAUUUGUUUUUCCUAUUUGCCCAACAUUAAAAUAACAUAAAAAUUUUUUAUAGUUUGUUUAAACAUUAUUUAACUACUUAUAUAAACUUAAUAAUUUCAGAUAUUAAAACUAACAAUUUGUUGAUCACAUUUUAAAAUAAUUUUAGUUUAAGUAAAGUAAAUGCUUAAGAAUUACUAUUCUGAAAAAGUAAUCUUUUAAUUUUUCAGCAGGCAUGCCUUUUUUAGCAAGUAGAAAGUUCACAUUUCUUUUCUAGGUAGUACAUCAUUAUAGAAUGUGAGUUUUUGAAAAUGCAAAUAUUAAAAUUAUAUUAUACUUUUUACGCUCUUAAAAAUUUGCAAGAGGUAUCAAAUCUGGUGUCUUUUGUUGAAAUUUGUAUUUGUUACUUCACUCUUUUGUGCGACGACUUUAACCAAUUCAUUUGGUUUUCAUUAACUAUCACCAGUUUAAUAUUUCAUUAAGCUAGAUUACGAAAAAUUCAAUGCAAGAAACUCUGGGCAAGUGAAUACGGGGAAAUAGCUCUUAACCUUAAAAAACAUCAGUGUAGUGAAUAUCGAGCAAUUGUAUUACGAUUAAUUGCUCCCAUCUUUGCAAAGUUAUUUUCCUGAGUUAUCCACUUAUUAUAAAUGAUGCAUGGUGAUAGAUAAUAAUAACCUCGACUUUUGGUAUAUAUGACAAAAUAUGUAGCCUUUGGCAAAGUAUUUUACAAUAAGAGGCGAUAAAAUAGCCAGUCUAGCAGCUGGCUGAUUUUCUAU